AUGCAUACCGAAGUGCGAAACACGAUAUUCUUAGCCUUCGCUGUGUUUGGCUAUGUCGCACUUUGGAGGUUCGCAGGCCAGAACGGUACGUUUGGGAUGAUGAGAGAGUGGUCAUCACAAAACCGUCUACCAGGAACCGGCGAGACGUACGCCACAGAAUUUACGCGAUGGCGCGGGCUCGACGAAUUCAUACGAAGCUUGCUCACAAUAUUCUGGCCAAUGGUCAACGGCACUCAACCGGGCUCUUCGUUAAUGUGCUUCUACUUUGCUGGUCAAGGUAUUGCCGCAUGGAUUCUGACAGCACUUGAAGGACAGCGCCACUCAAACAAGGGAAAUUGGAGAGUGAUCUCUUUCACUACAGCUUAUGGCUUGUUAUUCCAAGGCCUAGGUAUCGGAAUCAUUGGCCCAAUCUUUCUCCUUUUUGCACCUCUCGGAGACAAAUGGACGAGCUCUGUCUUCGUGCACUACAGGACUGAUGUAGAUGCCAUCAUUCCUGCCACAAUUGGUGGUAUCAUUGUUCCAACAGUCCUGAUGUCGCUUCAUGAACCAACUGUUAUCUCUCUGGAACAGAAAGUUGAUCUCAUCCGCCUAUGGCAAUUCUUCCCACUGCUGUUUCGCCUGGGUCAGCGCGUCUGGACAGGCUUCAUCUCGGUUUGGCUUUCAUCUUACGAAGAUGAACUUGCAGAAAAGGACCCCCAGGUGCAGCGUAGAGCUUUCCGCCGAGUGUACACUUUCGGCCUUUGCUGUGCUGCUGUUCCUCAUGUCGGUACCAUCGCAAUAUCAAUGAUGAGUCUUUUCUUCCCUAGCUUCUUCGCAGGAAACCUUGCGACUGAGUUUCAUCCCUGGAAUCUCUUUGUCCCAGUAUCACCUCUCUCAGGGGCCCAGGCGAGAACAGUUGGAGAAGGCGCUCACUGGUUCUUGCAAUGGGACAUGAUACUCAUGUUCUGUACCUACCUGGCGUGGGCGUACUUUGCAGAUAUCAAAGUAAAGUACCCUGAUUCGGGGGUCGUUUCGCCUCAACUUUUCCUUCGACUGCUGGGUUGGUCUCUGCUGUUCGGUCCUAUGGGUGCUGCUUUGCUUGCAAUGUGGGAGAGGGACGAUGUCGUAUUCGAUGCGGAAGAACAAAAGAUCGAGCCCCGAAAGGGCAUGGCUGCUAACAUCGCCUCGUUCUCGAAGACGGAGUACAAGGGCGAUUAA